UGAUCUCAUUAUACGGUCAAUGUAUCUUUUAUUGCUGGUUAUAUGGAGACUGCUGUAACUCAAUCUUCAAAUGACAUUGCUCACCUCGGAGGACAUACUGAUCAAUAUGUAAUUUUUAUUACAUACUCUGGUCUACAGCUCUCUCGCGAAAAAAAACACGAAAUUUUUCUUCUCGGCGUCACUCUCUUCAUAUAUAUAAAUCUUUUUAUCUUAAUUGUGAAGAAUAUACUGCGUGAUUAUUAUACGGGCCAUCACGUACUCAAAUGUUGAGAUUAAGUAAACAUCUUCUUCCUUGAUACACUUGAGGCUGCAACAAGAAUAACUAUAAAGAUCAUUUUCUUAAGAGAGACGAUGGACCAUGGAUUAUUCUUACAAUGAAUGUCUAGUGACCAUGUUUUGAGCUGAAUAACAUUACUUACUGUGUUUUUGAUUAUCGCAUACAUCAAAAAGGUCAACGCAAUUCAGGAUCUGUUUGGGAUAGACAUCUGAAUUCAAUAAUCGCAGACAUUGAUUUUUAUUGAUAUCUACUCUCCUCUUUGGAGGUUUGACUGUAAGCUUGGAAUUUUUUUGGGAUUCGCUCACACUACCAUAAAGUAAACUUAUUUCUUAUAACUUCAUCGACCCUGAACACGGGACUUCGUCAACAUGAAUGAAACGGACUUUGUCAUCACGGAAGCACCGUACGAUUAUGAAAGUCCUCUCCAUUAUACGGAGCGGAUUUUUCUUGCUACGAUGUCGGCUUUAAUUGCCGUCGUCGGUCUCCUAGGGAACGGCCUCGUCAUCACCGGUGUGGCACUCUCAAGGAAGCUACGGACAGCCACCAAUGUUUAUGUCGUCAACCUUAGUGUUGCCGAUAUGUUCACGUGCAUUCUCAUGCCUUUCCAUGUCAUCGCCGUGUUGAGUACGGAGACGUAUCCGAUCGCCGAAUGGACGUGUUCGAUCGCAGCGGCAAGCAGCAUCAUAUCGUCUGGGUGUAGUAUAUUUACCUUGGCCGCCAUCGCUCUCAAUCGCCUUUUCCUCGUCACUCAACCCAGCCAUCGCUACCGUAGCUUCUAUCGAACCCGUAACCUGGUCUUCACGACUCUCCUUACGUGGAUCGUACCGACAGUCUUCACCGUCUUCCCGCCCCUGUUCUCUAUCGGUGAGAUUGGAUUCGAUGAGAAGUACACUAGAUGCGGUCCAAAGCACACCGACAACGCCAGCAUCUACGACAUGAUGCUUGCAACCAUCUUCUACCCCGGCCCACUCGUCAUCAUCAUCGUAUGCUACUGCAAAAUAUUCGCCUACGUGAAACGUCACAUGAAGACGAUGUCGUCUUCGGAACCCUCAUCGUCGUCGUUUCCGCCAAAGACGCCAUCCGACGCCGUUGCGACGUCGCCGCCCAUGUCGCGUACGUCCGAGUCGGCGGAGAAGGGGGAGAAGUUUUUCCAGGACUUAAACAGGAGACAAACCAAGCAGCAUUUUAGCAGACGACAGCUUGAGAUCACAAGGAAUCUCUUCUAUGUCGUGAUCGCUUUCUUUCUUUGCUUGACUCCGUACAGUGUUUCGUUGAUGAUUCCAGGGAGUGACCACAUAGUGCCUUAUGCUGGAGCUAUCUAUCUCUUAGGGAGCUGCGUCAAUCCAUUCAUCUAUGCUACAAAACAUCCUCAUUUCAAAAAUGUUAUCCGAUGCAUCAUCCAAUGUCGCUUCACAGAUAUCGACCAACCAGCCCAGUUCCUCCGUAGGAUCAUCUCCAACAAGCAGAUGACACACAUUGUCAGCGGAAACAACCACUCCACCAAGAAAGAGCCACUGAAAUAACGGGCUCUGUGCAAGGACGUUUCAAGAAAAAGGAGACGUAUUGGCCAUUUGAUUUACCUAACUGCUUAAUGGUGUAAUCUUGUUUUACAUGGGAUAUGGUGGAGCUGACAUCGGAUACCUAUGGCUUUAAUCCCAUCGAGUGGGACACUGGAGGAGCAGAUGCUGAGCUAUGCGAAGACAUCGAAGUUCGGACCUUUGAUCUCUGCAUCUCUAUCUUAUUCCGACAUAGACGGCAUGCCAGGCGGAACUUUACGUCAUUGUCAAGGAAUCAAAAAAUAAAAAAUAAAGUAAAGAUCAAUGCAUUCGAGGAAAUUUUUUUAUGCGAUUUGUAUACCUUUAUAUGUGGGCAUUUGUAUAUAUCGAUAUGUUUCUUAUUACUUGAAAUCAAUGAAUUUGUUAAGCUAAAGUUGGCUAUUGUGUUGAAGAGCGUUUGAUACGAGAAUACACAUCUCUGCCAACACUGACCACUGGGCCAACAAGAAAGGAUGCGAUCAAGGAUGCGGUGAAUUCGGGGCAGUUCUAGGUCGAUGUACAUCCCGCAUCUUCACGGAUCAUCCAUGUGGUUUACUAACGGUUGGAGACAAGGUGAUCUUCAAAUUACACAAGGCAAAAGGAUUCCUUGAUCAAAUUAGCUCCGAUGGUGACGAUGACGGAGUUGCGGUCGCUUGUUGAAUCACAGACUAACUUCUUGAAGACGAAUAGGAAAAGACAGCAUAUCGCGAAGGAGCAGAUAGGCACGACCAGGAAUCUGCCUAAUCAUUGCAGCCUCGGCCUGUAAAAUGAUAACGUUUAGAGAGGUGAUUCGAAGGGCCAGGUGCAUUUUGGCCUGGAUACUAUACGUGAAAAGACUCCGAAUAUAAUAUCGAAGUUCAAUUGAGCGAAAUCAGGUUAAAAUAUCAGAAAACCAACACGAAGACAUUGUGCACACAGUACCCACAGUUGGAGAUUUGUGUUAACCAUACAAAAUGCCUCGUACAUUGGUUCCAAUCGUUUAUUAUUUUAUGUGUACUUUUUAGCAUUGGUAUAAUGAGCAAAAUAAAUCAAUGUGGACUG